AACUCCGUCGACGACGACGACGAUGAAGGCCUGAGCCCUGCUUCUGCAGCAGCCAUUUACGCAGCACCCAUGCACCAAUCGACGCUCGUUCUCCUAAGCCUCGCCGUCCCGACGACGCACGCGUGGCUGCGCCACCAGACGCUCCCGCCGCGAACACGCCACACCCGCCCGCGCUUGCCGCCGCGCCGCGGCCGGGUCGCGAGCAUCGAGGGCGAGCGCAUCAGCGCCAGCUCGGACCCGUCGCGGCCCAUCUGGCUCUACGACGCGCCCCACGCCGUGAAAGCCGACGAGUGGGACCUCGUCGUCGACGCGCGGUCGCCGUCCGAGUUCGAGGAGGACCGCGUGCCCGGUUCCGUGAACCUGCCCGUGCUCGACGACGCGGAGCGCGCGGAGGUCGGCACGCUCUACGCGUCGAGCCCCUUCGACGCGCGCGUGCGCGGCGCGUCGCUCGUCGCCGCGCGCCUCGCGGGCAUCCUCGGCGACGACCGCGUCGCGCGACUCCCGAAGGAGUCGCGGAUUUUGGUCUACUGCUGGCGCGGCGGCGACCGGUCCGGGUCGCUCACCCACUCCCUGAGCCGCGUCGGCUGGCACGUCGCCCAGCUCGAGGGCGGCUACAAGGCCUACCGCGCGCGCGUCCGCGAGGCGCUCUACGGAGGAAGCGCACCGGCGUUGCUGCGCAGGUGCGUCGCGGUCGGCGGCGCGACGGGCAGCGCCAAGGGCAAGGUCCUGGACGCCCUGGAGGCGUUGGGCGCCCAGGUCGUCGACCUCGAGGGCCUCGCGCGCCACCGCGGGAGCAUCUUGGGGGCCCUGCCGGGCGCGGAGCAGCCGACGCAAAAGGGCUUCGAGAGCGCGCUCUACGACGCGAUCCGCGGCUUCGACGGCGACAAGCCCGUCUUCGUCGAAUUGGAAUCGCCGAAAGUCGGGCGCCUCGACGUGCCGCGGCCCGUCUUCAAGCGGCUCGCGUCGGCGCCGGUCGUCGAAGUCGUUUUGCCGAUGAACGAGCGCGUGAAGUGGAUCCGGCGCGGCUACGCGCACUUUGAAGACGGCGGCGCGGGCACGGAGAAGCUCCGGCGGCUGCUGGACUUCUGCGCGCCGACGGCGGGGAAGAAGGCCGUCGCGCGGUGGAACGACUUCGUCGACGCCGAGGACUGGGACGGCUUCGUCGAGGCCAUGCUCGAGGACCACUACGACCCGGGCUACGACCGCGCGCGCGCGCGGGACCGGUCGUCGGCGGACGCGUCGACGCGCGAGCCCUGGGUCGUCGAGCUGCCGACGACGGCCGACGGCGACGUGGAUCGGGCGGCGCGCGCGAUCGUGGACGAGGUCGCGCGGUGGUGGGAUUAAGGAGUCACGGU